AUGGGUAGAAGAGGUGGCAGAAAAGGUGGCUUCAACCGUGGCGGUGGCGGCGGUGGUCCUCGCCAGGACAAUCGAGGCAACAAGGCCGAUAUCAUUCGAAACAACGAAAGGUUCGAAGAAUACUACAAUGAACUCGGUGUAAUACCGAACGAAGAGAAGGAGGAUUUCUGGGCCGCAAUGAGAAGAGACCUUCCCAACAGCUUCCGGUUCACUGGCUCCAAGGCUCACGCACUCGCCGUGCAGCAACGCUUGCGAGAUUACUACAUCCCCGAAAUCACGUCCAUAACCUACGAGGGCCGUUAUGUCGAUACUCCUCAACCUGUGAGCUGGUACCCUGACCAGCUGGCAUGGUUCAUGACCACGCCCAAGAAUGUCAUCCGCCGUUUUCCUCCAUUCGCCAGCUUCCAGAAAUUUUUGGUCGCAGAGACUGAUGUCGGGAAUAUCACACGUCAGGAGGUGGUCAGCAUGAUUCCGCCGUUACUGAUGGAUAUAAAACCUGGAAUGACCGUCCUUGACCUAUGUGCGGCGCCUGGCAGUAAGUCUGCGCAGCUAAUCGAGAUGCUCCAUGCCGGCGAAGAGGAGAGAAGUAGGCAAGUUGCAGCGAAUACUGCCAACGGCCUUGACAAGCCGCAAGGUGAAGACUUCUCAGACGAUGGACGAUCAACUGGGCUCCUCAUUGCAAAUGACGUUGAUUACAAGCGAGCGCACAUGUUAGUCCAUCAGGUGAAGCGAUUGAGCUCGCCCAACAUCAUCGUGACAAACCACGACGCCACCAUCUUUCCUUCUAUCAAAAUUCCUUCCCUUCCUGACUCAUCAGGCAAGCCGGUACACAACAGAUACCUAAAAUUCGACCGAAUCCUGGCUGAUGUACCUUGCUCUGGGGAUGGCACAGUACGGAAGAACAUGGAAAUCUGGAAAAACUGGACUCCCAGCAAUGGCCUCGGUCUCCAUUCUACACAAGUGCGGAUUCUGAUCAGAGCGCUUCAAAUGUUGAAGGUCGGUGGAAGAGUGGUGUAUUCCACGUGCAGCAUGAACCCAGUCGAAGAUGAGGCAGUACUAGCUGAAGCGAUCUUGCGUUGUGGCGGCGACAAAUUUGUGGAACUACAGGAAACCAAGGAUUACUUGCCUGGACUCAAGCGGACUCCUGGCAUGACGAGCUGGAAAGUCAUGGACAAGUCGGGUCGCAUAUGGAGCGAUUAUGAUGCUGUCCUAGAGCAGAAAACCACCGUGGGUGAAGAUGGGUUGAGCAGACUCUCCGAGAGUGUAUUCCCACCGAAAGAAGAUCUACAUUUAGAACGUGCUAUGCGAGUUUUCCCUCAUACGCAGAACACGGGCGCAUUCUUCAUUGCCAUACUUGAGAAGAAGUCUGAGAUCAAGGCACGCACUGAAGCGAAAGCAAGCUCAACAGGUUCCACGGCGCCAACUCCAAAGCCUGAGAAGGUCGAAGCAGCUGAUACCACCGGUGAAGCAGUACAGCUUGAGACGGCCGCCGACGGAACGAUCGAUUCGGUAAAUGGCACUGCUCCACCUGACGCAGAUGUUCCAGGCAAGAGGAAGCGUUCAGAGGACGACGACGUCGCGGACGAGGCGGCUCCCCUGAAGCGCGCUAAGAGCCAGCAAGACGAAGCAGUUCCAAACGGCAGUACGGGUACGAGUAUUCCCGUACCUGCCGCCCCAACACCUCGUCCGGGUCAAACCCCCAAGAAGAAGAACCGUGAGCAACCAUUUGAAGAACCCUUCAAGUAUCUGUCGCCCGAUUUGCCUGAAUUGAAGCAAAUCAAAGAAUUCUACAAUCUCUCCCCUCGGUUCCCGCAAGACCGAUACAUGGUUCGUAACGCGGACGGCAUUCCGGCCAAGAACAUGUACUACACGAGCGCCCUGGCCAAGGACAUCCUGACCGAGAACGAAGGCAAGGGUCUCAAAUUCGUCCACGCCGGCGUGAAGAUGUUUGUCAAGCAGGACGCGCCGUCUCCAGAAGUGUGUCCGUGGCGCAUACAGACCGACGGCCUACGACUCCUCGAAACGUGGGUGGGCCCGGAGCGGAUCGUGAAACUUCACAGGAAGGAAACGCUGCGACGAUUACUGGUCGAGAUGUUCCCCCGGUUCAACGGCGAAGAGUACAAGAACCUGGGCGAAGUUGGCGAGCAGAUCCUGGGGUUGAAGAUGGGAUGUUGUGUGCUCGUGGUCGAGCCGACUGACGAUGACCCGGACGGAUUGAGCGAGCGCAUGGUGUUUCCGUUGUGGAAGUCUAUACAGAGCGUGAACCUGAUGUUGCCGAAGGAGGACCGCAAGGCCAUGUUGCUGCGGUUGUUCAACGACGACACUCCCCUUGUCAAUGCCAGCAAGGGUUGGCAGAAGAACGGGACCAAGAGUGCCGCAGAGAAAAAGGAGGCUGAAAACGAGGAGCGCAAUAAGCCGGAUGCAGGGGCGGCGAGUGACGCCCAAAAUGGUAUCUCAACGGGUCAGGAGGAACAGAACCAAAGGAGACGAAAUAGUAGUUCGCCAGAACCGGAGGUUGAGGAGGCAAAGGAUGAUGAUGUUGAUGACGACGAGGACGGAGGUGUCGUUAUCGACACCGGCAACGCCUGAUGUGUGUAUCUUAUGUACUCGGCAAACCGAUAUGUGUGUGGCCUCCGUACGCCAG